AAAACAGACUUUUGGCAUGUCUUACACAGUGUGGCUGAAUGUGAUCUUAUCUGUGUUGAAUGUGUGUUUAUAAAUUUUGGAAGUCCAAAGCUUGUUUUGGCAGCUUUUGCACCAGACAACCAGAGCUUCAACAGGAUUGACCGAGUCAUACAAAAGCUUUUCUAAAAGAUGGAUUUGAGGUCCAAACAACUAUCUGCACUGACUUGUCUACUCUUUGUGUUGUGCUGCUGUCAUGGUGGAAAUAUCCUGGUGUUGCCUGAGGAUGGUAGUCACUGGGUGAACAUGCAAAUCAUUCUGAGAAAUCUCCACACCCGCGGCCAUAACCUUACUAUGGUACGUUCGUCUAAAAGUUGGUACAUCCAGGAGAAUUCUUUCUUCUACCGCACCAUCACUGUCAACCCAAUGGAGACCGAAGACAUCGGCCCUGACUACUUUAAGAUAAUGAUAGAGAGGUCGCUAGCUCUACAAAGGAUGUUGCCCUUCUUUCGUUUCUUUGAACAGCUGAAAGAUAUUGCCAACAUACUAAAGGUAUUUCACAACGGAGCGCUUCGAAUGAUUUCUGCCAUUUUGGAUGACGCAGCACUUGUCGAACACUUACGAGAGGCUAAGUUUGACCUGCUUCUAACAGACCCAGCAUUCCCAGCCGGAGUCCUGUUAGCUAAUUUCCUCCACCUUCCCAUGGUUUACAAUGUACGUUACCUAAAUGCAGGGGAUGCUCACAUGCAAAUUGCUCCAUCACCUCCAUCCCAUGUCCCAAUAUAUAAUUCAUUGCUUCAUGACCAAAUGACCUUCCUGCAACGGAUGGAAAAUUUCCUACAGUAUCUGUUCAGCAUACUCCAAGAGCAAUACAUCAUCGUGCCCAUUUAUAGUGAACUGCUUGAGCGUCACUUCCCGCCUGGCACUGAUCUUCUGUUAAUGCAGCAAUCUGCUGACAUUUGGUUGAUGAGAGUGGACUUUGUUUUUGAGUUUCCACGACCCACCAUGCCUAACGUGGUCUACAUAGGCGGCUUUCAAUGUCAACCGGCUCAAGCACUUCCUGAGGAACUGGAAGAGUUUAUGCAGAGCUCUGGAGAGCAUGGAGUAGUCAUCAUGUCCUUGGGAGCUGUGGUCGGUGCUCUGCCUACAGCGAUCACAGAGGCCAUUGCUACAGCCUUUGCUGAGAUCCCUCAGAAAGUCGUGUGGAGGUACCACGGGGAACGACCCUUGACCCUGGGAAACAACACUUUACUUCUAGAGUGGUUUCCUCAGAAUGAUCUCCUGGGCCAUCCAAAGACUCGCGUGUUUGUAUCUCACGGGGGCACCAAUGGUAUCUAUGAAGCUAUUUACCAUGGAGUCCCUGUCUUGGCUUUGCCGCUUCUCUUUGACCAGUUUGACAACGUUCUGCGCCUGCAGGUUCGAAGUGCGGCUCGAGUGCUUCAAGUUGCAACGCUUACGUCGCAAGAAUUCCUCGAAGCCCUCAAAGACGUCCUUGAGAACCCGCUGUACCGAAGCAGCAUCCGCAAACUGUCAGAGCUGCAUCGCGAUCGGCCCUUGUCUCCUCUCGAUAGUGCCACUUUUUGGAUUGAAUAUGUCAUGAGACACAGAGGAGCAGCUCAUCUUCGCUCAGAGGCUAUUAAUUUGCCUUGGUACUCUUACCACAACCUAGAUGUGUUGGCAUUUCUACUGCCAUUCACUGCAAUUGCUCUUUUGACCUCAGUAUAUAUCUGCAAGCUUUUGUGUUGCAGGAAGUCAAUAAAAAAGAGGAAGGUGGACUGAACUGAGCUUUUGAUAUGCACUUAAUUUUAUAUGUACUUAUUGCAAAACUGGGUGAAACUAAAUUAAAUAUGUCAUGGAGUUUGCAAAAAUCUUUUUCCUACCCAACCUGGUAUAGUUCUGACUUUAUGGUUGUGACUGCUCAAAAAGCAUCUUUGUAUCUUUUGUGCACUAAAUUCUUGCAAACCAUAUAAACUACACUAUUCUAAUUGUGGAUUAGAAUCCUCAACACCUUAUCUAGUGCCUAUAAAGAAGCCAGUGAGAUGUGUUCCCAGUUCAGCCUUGAUGUUGUUCCCUCUCCCAAUGUGAAUGUGUUUUAAAUCAUCAUUAAAGGUUUAU